AGUCGCUGGUAUAUCAAUAGCGGAGUGAAUUUGUUCUAGUUGGGUGACACCAAAUAGUUAUUAACGGCUACGCGAACAAAAUUAACAAUAUAUACCUAAAAUAAAUUUAUUAGGUUAACACUAAUUUGCUAAUUCGUGCUGUUGUGUACAACAGAUUAUUGUCAAUAUAUUUUCGUUUUACAUUGAGAACCAUUGCCAAUAUCUGUGUCUCUUAAAAUUUGAAAGACUGCUUGUUAAAUGACAAGCAGUUUUUAAGCGUAAACUGGUUUCCGGUGAAUAGAACGAUGUCCGCGAGAAUAUUAAAUGUUUUAACCAGGAAAAAAACUGACAUCCUUGAUGGAAAGAGUGGUAUGGCAAGGUGCCUCAACUUACUAGAUCUCACAGCUCUUGGCGUGGGAGCAACUUUAGGGCUUGGAGUAUACAUUUUAGCAGGCUCUGUAGCCAAAACAGUAGCUGGUCCCGCUGUAUGCUUAUCCUUUUUAGCAGCUGCUAUAGCAAGUGCUUUUGCAGGAGUUUGUUACGCCGAAUUUGCAGCAAGAGUUCCAAAAGCUGGAUCUGCGUAUGUAUACAGUUACGUAACAGUAGGAGAAUUUAUAGCGUUUAUUAUUGGCUGGAAUCUUAUUUUGGAAUAUGUCAUAGGUACUGCCAGUGUAGCCAGAGGGCUUAGCAACUACAUAGAUGCCUUGGCAGGCAACAAAAUAAGCAUCGCUUUUACAGAAUGGAUGCCAAUGAAGGCCUCGUACUUAAGCCCAUAUUGUGAUAUACUUUCCUUUGUUUUGGUACUACUUCUAACAGCAUUACUGGCAUUUGGAGUGAAAGAGUCUUCAGUAUUAAAUAAUAUUUUUACUAUUAUCAACUUGGUUACGGUGGCCGUCGUCUUAGUAGCAGGAUCUCUUAAAGCUGAUACAAAUAACUGGAAACUUGAAAAUGUGGGUCCAGACUUUGGUACUGGAGGUUUCAUGCCAUAUGGAAUAGCGGGUGUUAUGGCAGGGGCAGCCAAAUGCUUCUAUGGAUUUGUUGGUUUCGAUGCUGUCGCCACUACUGGAGAAGAAGCCAAAAACCCUCAAAAAGAUAUUCCAUUGGCCAUCGUCAUCAGCUUGUUAAUUAUUUUUGGAGCUUACUUUGGAGUAUCAACUGUUUUAACAUUGAUGGUUCCUUACUAUGAACAGGAUGUUAAUGCUCCAUUUCCCACAGCAUUUGAUAAAGUGGGUUGGAUCACAAUAAAGUGGAUUGUAACCAGCGGGGCAGUCUUUGCUCUUUGCACAAGCAUGUUAGGCGCUAUGUUUCCUCUUCCUAGGGUGAUAUAUGCCAUGGCAAAUGAUGGAAUUGUUUUUAAGCCGCUGGGAAAGAUUAAUUCCUACACACAAACACCUUUUAUUGCAACUCUUUUCUCUGGAAUCUUUUCUGGUCUUAUGGCAAUGAUUUUUGACCUAGAUCAACUAAUUGAUAUGAUGUCUAUAGGAACUCUUCUCGCGUAUACUAUUGUUGCCGUGUGUGUUCUUAUUUUAAGGUACCAAGUUGCUGAAGAAAAAAUAAUAAAAAAUCUAGAUAAAGAUGCAAAUUCGUAUUCGCCUACAUUUUUUAAAGCAUUUUUGGAAAUUUUUAAUAUACAUAAGAACAGAGAACCGAAUCUACAGACUACUAGAAUAACAAAUUGGGCUAUAUCUAUAUUUAGUAUUUUUUCAGCUUUACUUGCUGCAAUUUUAAUAAACGUGCCACAGCUUAUUUUUAAGGAGCCGUUUUAUUGUGUUGGAUUUGUGAUCAGCUUAGUUGCUAUGAUGCUUCUUAUAUUUGUCAUCGCUAGACAACCAGUUGUUGAUAUUGAGUUGUCUUUUAAGGUGCCUCUCGUACCAUAUAUUCCUUGCAUAAGUGUUUUCUUCAAUCUAUACCUAAUGUUGGAACUGGAUCUUCACACAUGGAUUAGGUUUAGUGUUUGGCUUGUAGUAGGCUUUAUAAUAUAUUUCUUUUAUGGAAUCAAAAACAGUAAGGCAGGACAGAAUAAGAAAGGACAGGAGCAUCAGCUAAAAGAAAACUCUAUGCACGUAGAUGAAAAAGAAUCGAUGGCAAAUGGCAUUUAUAAUGAAGCAUUUAUUCCGGAGUAAAAUCUUACCCAUGGAUGAAUUUCUAUUUUUGAUUAAAACUUUAAGUUAAAAAUAGCUUCGAAGAAGAUUAUCUUUUUUCUAAUAUGGUAUUUGCGGACAUUUCGUGUAAGGAUAUUUGUUUAAAUAAUUUUGAUAUAUAUUUUUUAAAUUUUCCAUCGACAAUGUUUUGAACAUGAAUCCCAUUUAGAAUCCCACUAGACUAAGAUUCUUUAUAUAAAUUUAGAUCCCUAAUAAUAUUAUUAAUAUGUAUUAUACAGGGUGUCCGGAUGGUAGCUGAUCUAAUUUCGAACAUUUUAAGUCAAAAAUGUAUAUUUUUUAUUGCAACUUUUACAAUUUUUUUUAUAAAUACCGAAAUUUUAUACUUAGUCAGUAAUACAACGCAACUUACAAUUGAUAUCUAAGUUUUUUGUUUUUUCUAAUGUGUAUGUAAUAAAACAUUAUAAAUUCCAAAUAUGUGUUAACUGAAAGAACGAAAAGAGAUUUAAACGUGAAAAAUAAUUGUAGAGUUGAAAUAAAAUAAUUUAUUUGAUGCUUGAAUAAAAUCAAAUAAAAUUGCUUUCAUCGUUCAAACCUUUUUAGAAUACGUCCAGUUACUGCCCUUUAUUUUAAGUUAUCAAUCUCAUAAUUAAAGCGUCUAUUUUGGGGCAUCUUAUUGUGGGAUAAUUUGACGUUUAAUGUUUAAUCAAAUAGAAUUUUGUUUAAACUAUUUACUUUGAUGCUCAAAGUGUAAUUCGCCAUUUCCAGUAUAGGCAUGAGCCUGUUACUUACUUCGGUGGUAGUUACACUCAUCGUCAACUUUUCUUUUAUUCUGUCAAAUGUCUGAUUGAUUCUACCAACCAACUCUUCGCUCGACGUCAGACGAUCGAGAAGGCCAAGGAAAAGGUCCGCCUCCGUCGAUCCAACCCUCCGGAAAAGAGUCACCAAGAUCCAAUGCUCUAGACAAUCAUCUUGUUGGAAGAUUAUUGGCCUUUCUCGUUUCAAGAUUCCAACUUUCGCUAGAUGAUCAGCAGUAUCAUUUUGCAGAAACUGUAAAUAGUUAGCUCCAUCUAAAUGCUCUGGUAGAUAAUGUGGCCCAAAAGUUACACUAAAGAAUUUAAAAACGAAUUUCUACUUAUAUAUGUUUGCCUUAAAAUAUUCGAAAUUAGGUUAGCUAUCAUCCCCUUAAAGCAUUGGACCUACCUUGCCGACACCCUAUAUUAUAUUUCAACUACCAGAGUUUAACAAGGAAUGUAGGUAGUAUUAAAUCUAUUAAUGCGAUAUUUCUUUAAUAUUUAUAAGCAAUGUGAUAUUUUCUUGCCUUCGAUAAUCUUAUAAAACAUGAACUCUAUAGAGUUAGAUAAUAUAGUUAGUAUAUUCCACCUGACAAUUGAAAUUAUUAAUACGUUAAGGCAAUUUUGUUGAUCAAUUUAACAUCACUUCAAGAUUAUAUUGUAAAUUUAUAAAGUUUUUAUUUAUUAUUUUUCUAGUAUUUUAUAAAUAUUAUUUAGAUACCUAUAUGUUUGAAAUACACAAAUUCUAUGAUAUUACCCAUUAUUCUAAGGUUAAUGUUAACAUAUUUUGUUAAGAUAUACUUUUAUUUGUUCUGUGUCUCUAACGGAUUGUUUUGAACCAAUACGAAAAAAUAAAAAAAUAUAUGGUUCUUUCAACCAGAGAUAUUUUAGGCAUAUAGGGCAGAUCCAGUUUAGUUUGUGGGUGUGUUUUUAGAUAGAGAGCUGCGCUGGGAUGCUCUUGUUGCUCAUAUCACAUAUAAGAAAAAAAGUAAAAAAUAUCUUUUAGCUUAGAGAUCUGAAAGAAUAUGUAUUUAAGAGUGUCUUAAAGGAUGCGUAUGUCACAACUAUCGCCUCACAUAUCACCUCACAUAUGCUAUUGUGCCUUGGGGACAUAGUAGUGAAAUUUCUCUUCUAUUUAGUAGUAUUAAGAAAGGCUAUCCGGGUAGUUUAGGUAGUUUAUUGGAGAUUUAAAAGGUGUCAAAAUGGCUCAGAAUUUUUUGGUAUACAGUUUUAUAACAAGCUAUCAUAUCACCAGAGGACUCUACCUUUAAAUAAAUUUAAGAAAAAAGCAAAGGAUUUCUCAUUAGCAAGGCAUUUUGCACUGUUGAUGAAAUUUUAAAUAUACACGCCUGUGAUAGAAUUUUAUGAUACUAGUCUUUUUUGUCAAUUUUAACUCGGACUUCUUUAUUUUAUCUCCCUUGCUUCAUCGCACUCAAAUUUUCUAUUUAGUUUACUUCUUAUCCUGUUUCUGUUUGUUUUACUUUAAAACCCAUUUUAUAGUUAUUCUGUUAAUGCUGUCUUUGUUUUUAAUUUAUACGUUGAUAUAGUUUUAAUUGUUGGUUAUAUUCCUAUAUUAUGAUCUUUUCAGUAUUUAAAAAUGUAUGUAUAUCUUGAAAAGCACUAUGUUAAUUAUUUGACUUAUUUUCUAAUUAACAGUGAUGACAUUCUAUGUAACAUUAUUUUGACGUAUGUAAAUACUAUUUUGGUACAAUAAUCUUAAUAAACUAAUUAUAUUUG